CACGGGCAGCACUCUGCCGCCACGCCAUGUCCGCCGGCUGGUUCCGGCGCCGCCUCCUGCCUGGGGGUCCGCUUCCCGCGCCUCGGGCGCCCGGGCCCCGUGCCAGCCCGGUGCCCUACCGGCGGCCCCGCUUCCUGCGCGGCUCGGGCUCAGGCCCGGCCGACGCCUCGCGCCGCCGGGAUGCCCGACCAGUGCGCAGCCCAGCACGGGGCCGUGUGCUGCCCUGGAACGCAGGCUACGCAGAGAUCAUCAAUGCAGAGAAAUCCGAGUUUAACGAAGACCAGGCCGCCUGUGGGCAGCUGAGCAUACGGCAAUCUGAGUUUGGGGCUGAGGAUGAGGAGUGGCUGACGUUGUACCCAGAGGAGUUCCUCACAGGUCAUUACUGGGCCCUGUUCGAUGGGCACGGCGGUCCCGCGGCAGCCAUCCUGGCUGCCAACACCCUGCACUCCUGCCUGCGCCGGCAGCUGGAGGCUGUGGUAGAGGGCGUGGUGGCCACUCAGCCCCCCAUGCACCUCAGCGGCCACUGCAUCUGCCCCAGUGACCCCCAGUUUGUGGAGGAAAAGGGCGUCCGGCCAGAAGACGUGGUGAUCGGGGCUCUGGAGAAUGCCUUCCAGGAAUGCGAUGAGGUGAUCGGGCGGGAGCUGGAGGCCUCGGGCCAGGUGGGCGGCUGCACAGCCCUGGUGGCCGUAUCCCUGCAGGGAAAGCUAUACGUGGCCAAUGCCGGAGAUAGCAGGGCCAUCUUGGUACGGAGAGAUGAAGUACGGCCACUGAGCUCUGAGUUCACCCCGGAGACUGAGCGGCAGCGGAUCCAGCAGCUGGCCUUUGUUUACCCCAAGCUCCUGGCUGGUGAGUUCACCCGACUAGAGUUCCCUCGGCGGCUGAAAGGGGAUGACUUAGGCCAGAAGGUUUUGUUCAGGGAUUUCCACAUGAGCGGCUGGAGUUACAAGCAUGUGGAGAAGUCAGAUCUCAAGUAUCCACUGAUCCACGGACAGGGUAGGCAGGCUCGGUUACUGGGAACACUGGCCGUCUCCCGGGGCCUGGGAGACCAUCAGCUCAAAGUCCUGGACACGAACAUCCAGCUCAAGCCCUUCUUGCUCUCUGUCCCACAGGUGACCGUGCUGGAUUUGGACCAGCUGGAGCCGCAGGAGGAGGAUGUGGUUGUCAUGGCGACUGACGGGCUCUGGGACGUCCUGUCCAAUGAGCAGGUGGCACGGCUGGUGCGGAGCUUCCUACCUGGGAACCGAGAGGACUCACACAGGUUCUCGGAGCUGGCCCAAAUGCUGAUCCGCAGUACACAGGGCACCGAGGACGGCCCCACGGGAGAAGGGCAGGUGUCCUACGAUGACGUCUCUGUGUUCGUGAUUCCCUUGCACAGCCGGGACCAAGGAAGCAGUGGCCACUGAGAAUUCAGGCUGGACACUGCAUCCCAGGACCUCUUGGGCCAGUGCACUCCGGGCACCGCUCCACUGCGGCCGAGAGCAGGCCCUUCCUGCCUUGUCCCCAGAUGUGGCCCAGUACUGUUGCCCCUCACCCCAACUCACACCCAUUAAAGGGGAGCAUUUAUACCAGGCAGUCAGAGCUGGAAGAGUGCAGGCCCAGCUCACCAGGCACCCCCUUUAAUAGGCAGGCAAACAGCACUAUGUAAGUAACGGUACCUUACAAUUUAUGACGCCCACCCUAGGCUCAGACGGGAUCCUCAGCACCCCAAGGACUCUGGGCUAAGGGUGUUGGACAAGGAUGCCAGAAGGGACAGAUAGUCACAGUGUUUGGAUCCAGGUCUCCAAUCCCUGAAUGUCAGGGUGUUCAUUCAACAACCCCCAAAGUCCAUGCAGGGUAGAAACCUUCGGGCAGCCUCGCAUCUGCUGAACAGCCUUCUUGAAGACAGCCCCUCCUCCACUGGAGGCCAAGGCACAGGCCCUGGGGCUCAGUCAGGGGAGAGCAAAGGAGGCCAGAGGAGGAGCCCUGGCUGGGGGGCACAGGGGGAGUGGAGGUGUGCUCU